AGAGAAAAAGUUGCGCAAAGCAACACAUUUCUUGCCUAAUUUUAACCACAAAACAACGCUCUUGUAAACUUUAAAUUAAUAUAUUACGAGUUGAACGAAAAUGAAUUUGGCUUAUUGUUCACCCUAUGUAUCAAUUCAUUGAUUGUGACUACUCAUGUUAUCACCUGUGAUUGUAACGAACCGGAGGUCUGUCUCAGCAUUUUUUUACCUGUCAUUUGCGGCAUUCCCUCCCAUAUGAACAGAGAACAUCUUAGUCAAUAACGUGGGCCAUUCAGCAUUAGUAAGAACAGAGAACAUAAUGGUGUGGCGGAUUUCCUUGCUCCUAUCCUUGUGCUUUUGUUGGCUCCACAAGUCUCAAGCCGAGCUUUGGGAAAAAGAUAUGACCGAUGAAGUGUACAUUGAGGCAUCCACAGAGGGAUUCGAAUCUGUUCAUCUGGAAUGCCUCGUUGACUCCAUGCGUGUCAAGUUAGAACUCUCUGAAGAGUUCGAAGGCAUCUUUUACACCAGAGGUAGCUACAAAAUGGGUCAACUCCCGUGUUUCAACGAUGUGGAAAGUGGAACGAUGGCCGAGUUAACCAUUCCGUAUGAGGGUUGCGAGACCAAGAGCAAAGACGAUAUUUAUACCAAUGUGGUGAUUGCUCAACACGAUGACUUUCUGAUUUUCCCGGGAGACUUGGCCUUCGAAAUUUCGUGCACCAAGUCAUCGGAAGACGAGUCUAUUGCUAGCAUUGGUUUGGCUGAUCCCGAUCCGAGUGCGAAAGAAUUGCCCAAGCAUAAAAAAUCGACGGUCACGGCUACUCGAUCUGUUGCGUUCACACCCAAUGAUGUGCGGCCUAAAAAGGCACCCAAAGCUAAAACCUCCAAGUGUAAAAAAGUGAAAGGCACGUCGACCAAUAAAGAUGAACUAUAGGUAAA